CAAAAGAGGGCGUAUAUCACCGCCGCUCACGGGUUGACGACUCACCUGUCUCCACGGAACCCUAAUAUUACCGUGCAUGAUGAAUUCUCUUAUCUUCACAGUCGCAUUGGCAACUACUCCCACAAUGGCCCCCAAUUCUUGCCCUGGCACCGAUACUUCCUCCACGCCUACGAAAACGCCCUGAAGCAAUACAGCAACUACACCGGUCCUCUUCCAUACUGGGACUGGAGCCUCGACUACCGCAACCUCACCGGCUCCCCCGUCUGGAACAUCGACGACGGUUUCGGUCCUAGCGGUUCGUCCUCCCCCAGCGUAGGAACCGGCGGCUGCGUCGACCAAGGCCCCUUCGCGAACUGGGCCCCCGCCUACUACGACGGCGUCUACCACCCCCAUUGCCUCUCGCGCGGGUUCCUCGACGCCGCCACCGUCGCCCGCGUCGGGAACCUCACCGUGCGCCCAGAUGCCUUAAAGCGCGUGAUCCGCAAGAAGCAAGAAUACUUCGACUUCCUGAUGGCCGUCGAGACGAUGUCGCAUCUGACGAUUCCCUACGUGGUGCAGGGCGAUUUCGUGAAAGUGACGGCGCCGAACGAUCCCCGGCUCUGGGAGUAUGGUGGGAUGAGGAAUAUUAAUUCCACGUAUGAGGAUGCGGCUGUCGAUGAUGUUAUGCAGUUUGGGGAUUUUCUGGGCCCAGAAGGGGUUGUGACGGUGAUGGAUGUGAUGGAUACGGAGAGGGGCUUUCUGUGUUAUACAUAUGAUUCGACUGUG